GAAGGAAUGUUUCAUAGCAAUCAUCACCAGCUUCGUCUUCUUCUCUGAAACAACUCCAGCUACUACUUCUUCACUUAUUAUUAUUAUUAUACACUUUACAGACUUACAGAGAGAGAGACAGAGGAAAGGACUUAACUUGGAGAUAUGGGAGGUGUGACAUCUUCAAUGGCGGCGAAAUUAGCCUUCUUUCCGCCGAAUCCGCCGUCGUACAAGAUCAUCAGAGACGAAGCAACGGAGCUUCUGCUCAUGGACCCUUUUCCCCACCGAGAAAACGUCGACGUUUUGCGUCUCCCCACGCGCCGUGGCACCGAGAUCGUGGCCAUGUACAUCAGGUACCCUAUGGCCGUUACGACUCUUCUGUAUUCGCACGGGAAUGCUGCUGAUAUUGGUCAGAUGUACGAGCUCUUCAUCGAGCUUAGUAUUCACCUCCGCGUCAAUUUGAUGGGGUAUGACUAUUCAGGGUAUGGCCAAUCAUCAGGGAAGCCCAGCGAGCAAAAUACUUAUGCUGAUAUCGAAGCUGCUUACAAAUGUCUGGAAGAGAAUUAUGGAGCGAAGCAGGAGAACAUUAUCCUAUACGGUCAAUCUGUUGGUAGUGGUCCGACCGUCGAUUUAGCUGCACGUUUACCUCGACUAAGAGCUUCCAUUCUUCAUAGUCCAAUUCUUUCUGGACUUAGAGUCAUGUAUUCCGUUAAGCGAACUUAUUGGUUUGACAUAUACAAGAACAUUGACAAGAUCUCGCUGGUGAGGUGUCCUGUCCUCGUGAUCCAUGGAACAGCGGAUGAUGUGGUUGACUUCUCGCACGGGAAGCAGCUCUGGGAACUCUGCCAAGAGAAAUACGAACCGUUAUGGCUCAAAGGCGGUAACCACUGUGAUCUCGAACUCUUCCCCGAGUACAUUGGCCAUCUCAAGAAGUUUGUGAGCGCUGUGGAGAAAUCCGCAUCAAAAAGGAACAGUUCUUUCUCAAGAAGAAGCAUGGAAGGAGGGUGCGAACACCCUUCUCGGCAUAGCGUAGAUGCACCGAAGAAGAGCAAGGACGGAAGAGAAAAACCGAGGAAAAGCGUGGACAGGCUGAAGUUUCAGGGAUACAAGCUGAGCCACAUAGAGAGACCUGAGAAGCUGAAGAUUCCGUUUGAGGAAAUGGAGAGGUCAAGGAGGAGUGUGGACAUAUACAGAGAUAAGUCUCAGCCGAUGGAGAGAGCACGUAAGAGUGUGGAUUGGUUGGACAGAAACCGAAUUAACGAGUGAAAAGAAUGGGGUUUGAUGUUUAAAGAUUUGUAUUUGAGUUUUUCAUUUUAAUUUUAUUGGGAUGUGUUUUGUAUUGCAGUUUUUUUUUUUUUUUUUUUUAUGUAUUGUAGUUUUUGUUUCUGUGUCUCUCUGAGGAAUCAACAGAUAAUAGAUUUUAACCAAUUCGGCAAAUUCUCUGACUGUUCCUAC